UCAAACAUGUUUCUCCAUCUAUUCAUUCAGAACCGAGAGACUUUUGCCGUCAAAUUUAGUACACUUUUAAAGUAUUCUCUUUAUUUCAUCAUCAAUUAAAAAAUGCGUCAGACACUAACAGCUGAGAGUAUCAUCCACGAUUCGGUCUCGAUUGAGUCUCCCUGAACAUUUUCGGGCAUCGUCUACUCAGGUCUGCUACACAGCGGAGGGUCGGUGUGCGGUUCUGGUCCGCCAAGUUGAGGCCGCCGCUUUCUUCACAGUGGUGUCGUCUUUGUCGUGGAAUUUCUCUUUGGGUUCAACCUUUAGAUUGGGAGUCCACCCGGUUAUUCACCAUGGGCAAAAAGGAGGAAGAGGAGAUCAUCAGAAUCGCGAAAAAGAUGGAUAAAAUGGCGCAGAAGAAGAACGGGGCCGGUGCUUUGGAUCUAUUGAAAGAGUUGCGAUGUAUCCCCAUGACUCUGGAACUGCUUCAGUCCACCAGAAUUGGAAUGUCCGUUAACGCCAUCCGCAAGCAGAGCACAGAUGAGGAGGUCACAUCUCUCGCCAAGUCCUUGAUCAAGUCAUGGAAAAAGCUAUUGGACGAGCCAGGAGGAGGAGAGAAGCCAUCAGAUGAGAAGAGGAAAGAACAAACAACGCCUGUGGUCUCUCCCUCUCAGGGAAGUCCAGAAGCAAAAGAAGAGAGCAGCUCCAGCAGUAAUUCCAGCAGCAAAAGUGAACCCACUGAGGUUUCCUCCAACACACUAAUCAACAGCUUUCCUCGUGCCCCGAACACCUCGGACUCCAUCAGAAUCAAAUGCAGAGAGAUGCUGGCCAAUGCUCUGCAGACCGGAGAUGAUCACAUCGCUAUCGGUGCUGAUUGUGAUGAGCUCGGAGCACAGAUUGAGGAAUGUAUCUUCCAAGAGUUUAAGAACACAGACAUGAAAUAUAAGAACCGCGUGCGGAGCCGAAUCUCGAAUUUGAAGGACGUAAAGAACCCAAACUUGAGGAAGACGGUGCUGUGCGGAAGCGUAACUCCAGAGCGGAUGGCCAAAAUGACCGCAGAGGAAAUGGCCUCUGAUGAGCUUAAGGAAAUGCGAAAGAAUUUGACCAAAGAAGCUGUCAGGGACCACCAGAUGGCCACCACUGGGGGCACUCAGACGGAUCUUUUCACUUGUGGCAAAUGCAAGGGGAAGACCUGCACUUACACACAGGUUCAAACUCGCAGUGCCGAUGAGCCAAUGACCACAUUUGUCUUUUGCACACAGUGUGGAAAUAGAUGGAAGUUCUGCUGAAUCCGUUGGCAUCAUCCUCAGCGCUCCGACAAGUAGCAAAUUCCCGGACCAGGUUCUGUCUAUCUGCAACAGACUGGAGCUUUUUAUUCUGUGGUACAUUGUUCAUAACAGGCCCCCACAAAGAUACCACUGCGGUUACCGUUUGAAGAAAUAUCUUGUUCAUAGAUUGAGGUCAUUGUCAGGUCCCCUACGUCCCCACCCACUCCUCAAAGACCCUUUUACUAUUGUUAUUAGUUGUUUCUCUGUGUCAGAUAUAUGCCAUCAAUCCUGUCUCAUUCUCUUUUAUCUGCAUUUUUUAUACGUAGUUUUAACACUUUGGCAAAUGUUUUUUGUUUUUUUUUUGCUUUCCCCACACAACAUUGCAUUGUUUUAUUUAAUUCUCCAAUAAAAUGUAAUCCAUUUGAUUAAAUAGAAGUGCUUUUAAUUACUUGUCUUUUAUGAUGCACCUUCAGUCUUCUGCUUAUGUAAAUUUAUAACAUUGUGCUAAUGCUGGUAAUGAUCUGAGAGGACAAAAAUGCUGUGUGUGAGUGUGUGGGAGUCUACUUUUGUAAUUGGUGGAAUAUUCAUCAUAUCAAAGUGAAUGCUGAUGCAUAUUAAUCUGUAUAGAGACUGGAUAAUGUCAUUGGCUGGAUCAGGGAAGAUGCUCGAUUGUUCCCCUUUCCUGGAGCUUUUUUGAAUUACCAGGUGCAUCCACUCUAUGCUGCCUUAUCCCCAGACCAAGCUUAACCCAUAUCAGACAUGUAACAACACCAGAGUUUAUGGUUUAAAACAGUCUCAUAUUGUGGAAAGCUGAUGACCAAAAUGAAACUUAACAAAUAUGCAACAGACGCUUUUAUUUAAUUUACUGUAAUAGUCUUGUUGAAAUUAUGAUAUAAGUUCUCACUGUUGGCCUAAAACUGAAAUUAGCUGCACCACAAUAAGAAGCAGAAAUAAUUUUGAUUGCCCACCAUUCAAACCAGCUAAACAUGUCUUUUAAAUGUAUGUUUUUACAAAAUAAAAAGUUAUCAGAGGUUCUUAAAAACAAUACAGAGAAAGACAUGACAUGUCCUGAGCUGCUGAUGCACAAAGCCACAAGUAUGGUGCUAUUCUGGGACCUCUCAAGGAACAACGGCAGUGUACAUGGAACAUAUCACAGAUAUCCCAUGACCUCUCUUAAGUAAGGGAAAGUCAGAGUAGAGCUCCUCAUGAAGGGCAGUGUGUCAGUUUGUCCACAGAUCACAUGAUAAACAAGAACGCCCAGCAAACAACCCGGUACGGUAAGUUCUGUUAUGAUGUGGAGACAGUUGCUUCCUCCCAGCCACACUGGAUAAACCAAAUACCAAAUACAUGGCUGACUUGGGUAAAUGCUAGGGCUUUCAG